ACGCGACAAUAACAUGCGUCAGGUGCGAACACUGUCCGUUAGACGUCGUAACGUCGCAGUUUUUUACACCCUUCCAGCAAACGCACAGAGGAAUGACUGAUCCGGGCCUGGCGGUGUGGAUCUCAAGCUGCCGCUUGAGUUUUUGGAAACACGUCAUGGACCGGCAUCGAGGAGCUGCCCUGUACGCGCUGCUAGGCGUUUGCCGCCGUCCUACAUGACACGGUUCAAGAGAAGCUCAUCCGAGCAACCUCAGGUCAAAGACAAGAAGUCUUGGCGGUGUUACGGCGAACUGGGUUGCAUCAGCAUCGGCGGCGUGUUCUACCACAGGCUGUACCGGCCAAUGAACUUCUUUCCAGAAGAACGCAAGGUGGUGAACACGCAGUUUCUGGUGUUUACGCGCCAGAACCCGACGCAGGAAGAUUUCCUCACGUGGAACUCCAGCGUGGAACAGAUCGGCCGGAGCCACUUCAACGCCAGCCGGCCGACCAAGAUCAUAACGCAUGGUUGGCUGGAUACCAUUUUCUUCGGAACGUGGCUCAAGGACAUGAAAACAGCUUUCCUAUUGGUCGGAGACUACAACGUCAUCAUCGUUGAUUGGCGAGGAGGCAAUGGCCUUCCAUAUACGCAGGCUACAGCCAACACGAGACUGGUGGGAGCCGAAAUUGCCGUGUUCAUUAAGAAACUUCAGGCCAUCUUCGGCGCAAAACCGGAAUCGUUCCACAUACUCGGCCACAGCCUGGGUUCCCACGUUGCCGGCUAUACCGGUGAACGAAUACCUGGCCUCGGACGAAUCACAGGUAUGGACCCAGCCGAGCCGUACUUCCAGAAGAUGCCGAAGGAAGUCCGUCUUGAUCCUACAGACGCCGAGUUCGUGGACGUCGUCCACACUGACGGCGCCUCGUUUGUCCUCGACAUACUGAAAGGAGAAGGGCUCGGAAUGUACGAUCCCGCGGGACACGUGGACUUCUACCCCAACGGAGGUAUCAAGAUGCCCGGAUGCGAGCUCAGCACGAGGGUGUUCAAGUUCGUCACCGAAGGUCUGGUCAAUGGGGCCCGCGCCAUCGGCAUCUGCCACCACCAGAGGGCAAUCGACUACGUCAUCGAGACCAUCACCGACGUGCAGUGCCCGUCGCUUGCGUUCGCCUGCUCCUCGUACGAGAUGUUCGAGAAGGGUCGCUGCUCGGACUGCGGCCGCGACGGCUCCAAGUGCGCGCGCAUGGGCAUGCACGCGGACGGCUGGACGCGCUUCAAGAACGACAGCCACUCGGUGCGCAUGUUCAUCGGGACGAACAGGGAGCCACCGUUCUGCGUAUUCCACUACCUGGUGAACGUCGAGAUGUUCAACAAUCCGGGCGCUUCCGCUGCAAGUGGUGACUUGAUUCUUAAGCUCGAAGGAACGAGAGACAGUUGCGAUAUGAAAGUCAACAGAGGCACUGCCACGCUGUACCCGAAGGCUAAGUACAGCUUUGUUGCUAAGACGCCGGUACACGUCGGAGACAUCAAGAAAGCAUUCAUAACGUACAAGAGCAACAGCUUCCUCAACGUUUUUUCAGCUAAGAUGCAGCUGUGGAAAGUAAAAAUCAUGCCCAUGAACAGGCCAACGAGCAGGCAGCAAAGAACAGAACGAACGAUGGUUUUCUGCUCCACAGCUCUGGGUGGACUGACAUCCGGGACGCUAACAGCCCUGUCGCCGUGCUGAUAUUCCGAUAAUUUAUUGAAACGCCAUUGUCGACGCAUUUUUCUCCUGUUGCCCUUCGCUGUUCGUCGUCGGAGGGCGGUUCACCUGGUUCAUCCAUUUCAACCAUCACUGUAGCGCUCAUUACAUUACCACGGAUCUCCCGCUCGAUGACAGGCAAUAAACGAGGCAGUCAUCGUCUGUUUGUCGCUGAUUACUAUGGCAUUGGU